AUGGCAGUAACCUGGGAAUUCAGGACUACUGCAAUUAUUGGCAACUUUGAGAGCAGCACAGACAUUCCAAACACCUGUGAAACCUACCAAGAAAAGGUAGGCACAUCCAAUGGAAUUUCUCCCAGACCAGCCAUUGGUGUGCUAUAUGCCAAAAGAAGUCUAUCUAAACGCAUAACUGAAGAUGCUAUGGAGAAGCCACCACUAUCUUACAUCACUUUGAUCGCUAAUGAGAUUCUUUCCUCACCUACAAGGAAGCUCACCUUAGCUGCUAUUUACAAAUAUAUUGAAGAAAAUAUUCCUUUUUACAGGAAGAGAGGCCAAAGCUGGAAAAACAGUGUCAGGCAUAAUCUUUCGCUAAAUGAUUGCUUUAUCAAAGUGGGAAGGUGUGAAGACGGCAAAGGAAAUUACUGGAACAUCCACCCGGCAACUGUAAAUGAUUUUGUGUGUGGUGACUUUCGGCAACACAGCAGAUUGCAUCAACAAGAACGCCAAAGGGAAUAUGACCCACAUCACAGCACAUCUUACCUUGCACCGUGGGGAAACUGCUCUUGUUUGAUACUCACUUUGCCUUCUCAAAUGAAUCCCUACUUUUGGGAUCCCUUCUGGGAAAUGCUCUGGGCUGAUGCUCAGCAUUGUGAAAAUGCUUUCCAAGGGUUGGAGGUUAACUUUGGUUUUUCCUGUGAAAAGUUUUCAUCUGUGAUACAAUUCGAUGAAGCAAAAUGGAACUCCAUGGAUUUGUUUUAUGGGUUACGUUCUUCUUCAACUGUACAGCAGAACAUUUUCCUGAAUGUUCAACAGACAUUCCCUGCUUCCUUAUGUAUCUCCCCUUUCAAUCAACAGAGUAGAGAUGCAUUCAGCUAUAUCUUUCAGAACCUGAGAGGAUGCUACUUGCACUUGGACUGGGCCAAUUCAGCUGGACAGUUCAUCCCUGAGGAUCAAUUCAUACUGUAA